UCCCCUUUCCCUGAUUGAUUGAUUCGAUCUGUCGCACUGCCGGUGUGCUUCCUGUUGUGAGUUGGCAUGGAGACGGACUGAGCCAGGCGGCCGAGGAGCACACGCAUCUGCAAACAAAUGCAAGACACCUAAAAAAUUUUUUUUAACAUAUUGGAAUUUAACUUGGCAAGCCAAUAGUCACAUGUCCUAAAUUAAGCAUGCCCCCCUCAGGAUUUGAACAUUUCAGAGAUCUUUGAGAUGCAGGCGUGUGCAAUGGAAAUCAAUAUAAAUAAGAUUCUUCAAGUGGCCGAAACCCUGGAGAGCAUUGUGUGUCGCUGUUUUGGUCCAGAUGGCAGGCAAGUCUUAUUCAUUAAAUCCACCAGUGAACUUUUCAUUACCAAAGAUGGGAGAAAAAUAUUGGAAUGCCUUUUACUGGAUCACCCCAUUGCAAGAAUGAUUGUGAACUCAGCUUUCAACCAUUUUCAUAUCACUGGGGAUGGUGUUAAAUCCUUUAUUAUACUGCUGUGUGGUAUCCUCCGAGGGCUGCGGGCAGUAACUUUUAACAAAGACCUGCUUUCAUCUGGGAAUACAUCAGGCUGCACUAGUUAUCAAAAGCAAAGACAUUUAUUAAAAAGAAUCAGCAUGUUGCUAAUAACCUUUCAGAGCGAAGUCCUGGAGCACAUCGUUAGGAAACACCUUACUCAACAUUUUCUCUCUAUUUUUUCAACCACAACAAAAAAGAGACUUUUGUGCAGAGCAUCUCUGCAGUCAGUAUUGGACACCUUUUUCUGUGGAAGGAUUGGAUAUAAUAAUUGCACUUUUCUAAGUAGAUUAGCUUCUGAUUUUUUCUGCAAAUGUCUCCCCAAUGAUGAGUGCGCGUUUGAAGUAGUUGACCUGAUUGACAGCUUUUUUUCUGAGCUCUGCACAGAGAUUCCAGGACUCGCGAUAGAUAAUUCCAGGAUAUUACCAGGAAUCGUACUGCACAGAGAUUUUUCUGUGUACUGCCCAGCAGAGGGAGAACUGAGAGCAUUAAUUGUGUCAGAACAAAUCCAUCAGUCACUUUCUGCACCUGACGUAGAUGCUGUUGUCUCCUCAGAUACUCAUCUUCAGCUUUCCCAGAGCUACUUGAGACAAAGGACUGAAAAUAUUAUCAAACAGUUGCAGGAGAACCAAAUCAAGCUCAUUCUGUCAUGCAUCAAGCAAGCAGAAAUUGUCCAUUAUUUUGCUAAACAAUGUGACAUUUCCAUAGUAGACUGCUUACCGCCAGAAGAACUUGAUCUUGUGUGCAGAAUCACAGGUGUAUCACCACUAAGCACACCACUUAGCAAUGACGUUGUCUUUGGACAUGUGUCUGAUACAUUCUUAGUUACUUGUUGCCAGCCAAUAGUACUCGGCUCCAGAAAAUAUGUCCAUCUUAUUUUAAACAGCUCUCUGGGCUUACAGCCACACUGCAUUAUUGUUUGUGGGCCUGUAAAAGGCUUGACUGAGCAGUUUAUAUCUGCUUUCAAUGGAGCUUUUAAAAUGCUCAAACAAUUAUUUCAACCAUCGGAUGGCACUUGGGAGCAGACAAGAGAAAUUGUUGACCAUUGUAAACCAAACACAUGUUCAUCAACACUAGAACACAAUAUUUCUUCUAGCAAAUGCCAUAAAGAAACAGCUUGUUGUGACAUUGCUUUACAAGGAAUUCCACAAGCCAUUGGUAUGGACAUUACAGAUAGCAAUCAAGUUAGUGUCCUUGAAUACCAUACUACCAAGUUAAAUAAUUUACCUUGUGAAGGUAUAGAGACUAAGGGUACAUGUUUAAAUGUAGACGAUGAAACACUUGAAGCAAACAGUUCAACUGCUGAGUCCAAGGAUCAAUACAGAAAAAAUCCUGUUCAAUGUAAAUGCUUUCACAAGAGACCAGAAGCUACUGUUUCAGUCCAUUCAAUAUCACUUCUAGGUGAUGGCUUUGUUUUACCUGGAGGUGGUACUUUUGAGAUUUUAUUACACCAUUAUCUGCAUCAAUUUGCUAGAAAAUGCCAGGAUCGGGAGUUGGCAGAGACCUGCUCUAUAGUUGGAGAAUCCCUACUGUGUAUCCCUAGCUAUAUUCACAGCUCAAGAAAAGCAAAUAUUAGUUUUCCUCUGUUUUGCUCCCAGAUUAUUGGUGCCUACCAAACUAAAGAGUUGAUAGAGGUACCUCAAGCAGGUCUUGAAUCUAUGUCUUGUAAAUAUCAGUUACUGGUUUCAGUCCUUCAUUGCAUUAGCAAGCUUGUGACCAUUGACUUUGUUAUUGGCACCAAACGAUCUGUUGGCAAUAUUAGACGCGAAGAAUCAGAUGAUGAUUUAUAAACAACUUAAAAAUAAAAGACUCUUUGAAGAAAUACUGACUAGCACUAAAUGUUUACAAUGUAUCCAUCAGUUUCCAUAACUAGUGUUCAAAACUAAUCUCAUUUUGAUUAUCAACACAGAAACUAUUGGCAAAUCAUUUGUGAAGACAUG